GGGACACGGGCCGGCCACGGAUCGGCCCGCAGGCGGGCAAGCUGCGACUCCCGAGCUGAGCAGAGGGGGCCCACCUCUCCAGGGGCAAGAGAGGCGCUGCUGGGCCUGGUGGAGGUGGAGACCGGGCCAGGACCGUGCUGGACGGUGCCCACUGGGGGACGCCACACAGCCUGGCUGGCACUGACCCUCAGACCCGGGCGGGAGCCAGGACCAUGUUCCAGUAAAUGAAGACUGCAGCGCACGCCUUGAGCCCCGACUCCCAGCCAGAGACGCAACAUCAGACCAGAAAGGAUGAGGAGACGGCUCCAGGCUCACCAAUGCCCAGGGCGGGGAGGGAGGGUGACAGGAAGGGCCCCUCCUCAAUCCUGAGACGAAGCCGGAGGGAGUGCAGCCACCGUGGGGCCGAGCCACAGAGAACCACGAGGCGCGUGCGCUUCCGGGAGCCCCUGGAGGUGGCCGUCCACUACAUCGCAGGCAGGGAGCCCACCGCCGACAACCAGGGUAAGUCACGAGCCCUCGCCCCGCGUCCCCCAGGCCCUCCCCCACGUGCAUGCCCAGUGCAGCCCCGGCCCCAAGCUGCCCUCAAAGCCCCACCCCCAGCAGAGCCGCUCAAUCAGCUGGGGCCCCUGACGGACGUGGGUGGACAACAGAACCCCUUGGGGUGCCGUCUGCCCCCCUCACUCCUUCCCUGAGGGAGGGCACAGGGCCAGGGCCAGCGGGAGGCCCUUGCUGCAAUGAGGCCAUUGGCCCAGGCGGGGCAGGGAGGCCCACGGCCGUGGGGGACCUGGGAAGGCAUCCCAGGGGCCCUGCCCAGUGGGAA